AUGGGGUUUCAAUCAGAGAGAGAAAUGGAUACCAAAGACCCUGCUGAACUCAAUGUUGUCACUGGACUUGACCCAACUCAUGAGCAUUUCUUCAAGAAAUAUCUCUUACGCAAUCGGCUUUCACAUGAAUUGCAUCAAUUGUCACAUCCUGAUUGUUGUAAACAAUUUGGAUAUCCUUUCAAGCUGCUGGUUGAACUAGCUGACGAGAAGCUGCUUCAUUCCACAACGGAGCAAAUACCUACUGUACAACUCCCGUUACUCCGUUAUUUUUUCAACACGUUUGUCUCAACUUUCCCAUUCAUUGCAUCCAAUCCAAAACAUGAACAACUCAUAUUUUGGCAAGAUACCGUACAACCAUUUCUUGAGAAUCUUAAUCUGAAACAAAUAUCCAAGUCUCAUGAACGUAAGGGUCUUGUCACCAAGCGUCAUCGUGCCAACACCAAAGUUCUUUCCGGGGUGUUACUUUUCUUCAAUUCCAUGUUGGUACUGCCACAAGAAUUGACUUAUUUGAACAGUAACCAUCUUGAGGCUUCUGCAUCUUCCAGAUUGGAUAAGUUGGGUGCAGGGAAAAGUGGUGGUGGUGGCACCAAGAGAGAUCCCAACCCAUUGGCGCAAAAUACCACCAACCAGGCUUAUAUGACUUACAACAGUGACAUAGCCAUCAAUGUAGUUGCUGUCAGAAGAGUGACACGAGAGGGCCCAGAUCUGGAAGAAGGUAGUAACACUGGUAGUUAUUGGAAACCCAAAUUCAGAAUUUUCGGAACAGCAACUCCUUCACUUGCAAAGAAACGUCAUCAUUAUGAAUUUAUUAUUGAAGUGACCAAAAGAACUAAAACCGGGGCUAAGAAUCAAUAUUCAUACAAUCUGCAUUACAUUGCAAGACCAUAUCAUGAGUUCCGUCAAAUGGAAAAACGUCUUAAACGCCAAUACCCUGGACUCAUGAGCACAGAUGCCCCGAAAUUACCACGUAAAUUGACCCAUGAUGGUGGGAUAUCAAGUUCUGAAUGGGAUACAAAGGAAAAAUCCAUGAACUCCACAAAUGCCCUUCGUGCCUCUACAUCUUCGCAAUCUAGUUCCAGUAGUAAUUAUAGUAAUGUCUCAUUAUUUCGCGAGAAGCUUCGUUUGGCCUUGAGAGGAUAUCUCAAUUCCCUUUUAAAGUUCCCAGAAAUCGCCUUACUGAACACUCUUGAAGAUUUCCUUUCAAACCCUCAAGAAAUAUUUUAUGAAUUGUCUGAAAUAGAAGAGAAGGAUAGUCAAGAGAGAAUCAAUCAUGAGAAAUCAAUGUUGGAAACUCAAUAUGAAUUCCAACAAAAGGCUUCUUCACUUAUUCUUGGACUUUCGAAAGAUUUCGACGGAUUUAAAAAGAAAUUGGUGAUGAAUAAGGGAGCUCUUGAAGAAAUAUUUAAUGAAAUUGGAUCGUCUAAAUCCAUAAAUGAUCUUUCACCCAUGCUUAGAACAUUUAUUGAAUGGUGUAAGCUUGAAACUGCAGCAACUUUAUAUCAAAUGUUCUUGCUGCAUGAUAACGCUGGCGAAUGGUUUGCCAAAUGUAAGAAAUUCCAUGGUCUUUUCCCAUAUAGUGUAGUUUAUGGGAUAUUAAGAUUCACCAACCCUGUGAAGGUUGUUACCAGAGUAGUUGAUUUAUUGUUGGUAAAUAUUCCCAAUAUAAAUCCAUGGGGUGAGAGUGGUGGCAAGAGUUUACUCUCAAUGAUCUUUGUGAUGCUUUUAAAUGAAGAUUUGAAUGAUUUUACUAAAGAAUUGGUCAUUUUGGAACAAGAAAAAAUUGUAGGAGAUCAAUAUUCGAUUUUCUUACAAAGAUUAAGAGCAUAUUUAGAUGAAGAUGAAUCUAUUUUGGAAGACAUCCGAGAAGAUGCUGCCAUUUCAGAACAAGAUCUUGUCUUGACGGUGCUAUCCACCGAUAAACUUGAGCCUAGAUUAAGUGAUGAUGAUUGGGUUACCUUUGCAGAUAUUGAAAGAUCUUUUUGUGCAUAUGAAACAGUUUCCAAUAAAAGAACAGAUUUAUCCAAUGAGGAUAAAUCUGAAGCACUCCACGAAUCUGAACUUUAUCUUAAUUUGAAACAAUACUGGCAGAUUCAGAUUCGAAAGAGAGAUAAGGAUCUUAUGAAGCAACUUUGGCAAGAACCUGAACUUACUAAAAUGCUCAAACAAUUUCUUACUCUAUUCUAUCAACCAAUGAUGAAAGUCCUUGGAAAAUGUGAUAUUCAUUUGGUUUUCAAAGAUUUCCAAAUAUUUAUGGACGAUUUGAUGAUAACAUUGGAGAAAUUAAGCGAUGGAGAAAUGUAUUUUAUGUCAUCUUUGGAGAUUUUCAAUAUUCUUAAAUCUUUACUUGAUCGACAUGAAAUUGUUUUCUGGAGAUUUCUUCAUACUUUGUAUGUUAAGGAUGACUCACGAUUAUUCUUGGGACUUAUUCAAUGGGCAGAACGAUUUUUAACCAUUUUAAGAUUGAAAUAUACAAAUACUUCACUGGUUUCACUCGAUUUGGAGGAAUUGGCAAGACAUGUUGAUGUUGAUAAGGAGAAGUUUUCCGAACAAUUAAAUGCACUUGUGAACCAAACUCUUGAGAAAAGACGGUUAUACAAGGAUUAUCUUGAUGAAAAGGCCAAUAUUAGUGAAAAAUCUGUACUUCCAGGAAGUCAAAGAGAUUUGGAUCGGAAAUGGGAUGAAACUAAUGAAAAUAUUUUUGGAAAUGGAGAACUGGAGUUUGGGAUCAAUGCCGAAGAUUUGGAUGAUUUCAAUUUAGAGGUUGCUGGUGGGAUAGAAAGUAAACCAGCCGGGUAUGGAGAUAUUGAUGAACAUGAACAAGAUAUAGACCGAGAACUUCAAAGGAAGAUCCGAGCAUUGGAUAAUGAACAAGGACGGGUAGGUACAAGUGAAUUGGAUAAGUUUGAUAAUGAAUUCAGUAUUAGAUUAUCAGAUUUAUUGGGAAGUCUUUAA